AUGGAGAGCUUCAUGGAGUCCCUCAACAGGCUGAAGGAAGUCCACGAGAAGGAGGUCCUGGGCCUGCAGAACAAGCUUCUGGAACUGAACUCAGAGAGAUGCCGGGAUGCUCAGAGGAUCGAGGAGCUCUUCGCCAAGAACCACCAGCUCAGGGAGCAGCAGAAAGCGCUGAAGGAGAACCUGCGGGUGCUGGAGAACAGGCUGCGGGCUGGCCUGUGCGACCGUUGCAUGGUCACCCAGGAGCUGGCCAGGAAGAAGCAGCAGGAGUUUGAGAGCUCCCACCUGCAGAGUCUGCAGCACAUCUUCACGCUCACCAACAAGAUGAGCGGGCUGAAGGCAGAGAACAAGGCCUUGAGAGAGGAGGUGAAGAGGCUUCAGGGCCUGGAAGACAGGCCCAAGCUCCUGGCCAGGGAGGGCACCUCGGACCCUGCCUCACCCCUGCUGCGCCCCUCUCCCAGCAGCUGGAAGGCCAUCACUGAAAAACCACCAGGGGUCCACGAGGAGACUGAGGAAGACCACCCAGGCACAGGUCCACGAGGAGAAGAAAAGCCAGUGGGCUACCAGACCUCUCCAGUGGCCAAUAUCUCCCCAGGUGCCAACCUGCCUGAGCCACGGACCCCAGACAUGAGCCCCCAGCGCAUCUCCAACCAGCUGCACGGGACCAUCGCCGUGGUGCGGCCUGGGUCCGGGGCCUGCCCGGCUGACCGCAGCUCUACCAAUGGGACGCCCCCACCACCACCCACCAGAAGCAGCCCACCCAGCCCAACGUACGAACACAGCCUCCCCCUGGACAGCUUCCUGCGGGCCUCCCGUCCCUCCGCCACUACCUGCGAGUCCCUAAAGCAUUCCCUCCAGGUCGACCGCCUCUGCCUCCUGAACCGCCACCUGCAUCUGCACCUUCAGAGCCCCCGCAGCAGCCCCCUGGCCCCUGCUGCAGCCACCCACGGCCCCCAGCCCCAGGGCCUGAAGGCUGGGGAGGCAGAGGCCUGGGAGGAGCCUGCAGGCCUGCUGGGCCUGCCCAGUGCCCUGGGGGGCAUGCAGGACCCGCGGCUGGAGGGCGCACUGCAGCUGCUUCUUGUGCAGCAGCAGCUCCGGGCACGGGCACUGGCAGGCAGUGCCAGGCUGAGAGGCCCACUCAUACCAGGGGAGACGCCACUCUCCCCAUCAGUUGGCUCGGACUCUGAGGACCCCGAGAACAACGUGACCGGGGCAGCUCUGACCACAGCAGUCCUGCCUGGAGGGCGGCACCCAAAGCCCGCAGGCCGCAGCAGCCCCACAAGGAGGGAAGCUGCGGCCACACAGAACUAUGCCCCAGACAAGCCCCUGGACCUCUCAGACUGGGGCCGGGGCCGGGACGCCCCCAAGCCUGCCAACCAGCCUGGGUCACUCAGCCCCACGACUGCCCACACUCCCAGCCCCGAGCCAUCCCCCCAGGUGGGACCCCUGACUCACAGCCCCUGGGCACUCAGCAAUGGCAUCAAGGAGACCAGAGCACUGGAGCCCGAAGAGCCCCCCACUCCCACGAGGCCUGACGCCAGUGGCCCCCCAGAGCCCAGACAGGCUGAAACACAGAGGCCAGAGUCGGAUGAUCUAGACGAGCCAGACACCUCGGACAGUGAGGAGGGUCCCAGCUCCGAGGCGGGUGCCAAGCCAAGCAUGCCAGGUGAGGGGCCCAGGUGUUUCUGCCCCAAGGAGCCCAGGCAGACCAUGCAGCAGAAGAGGAAGCAGGCCUCAGACCUGGGGGGCAAAGCCUCCAAGAAGCCAUCCCAAGGGAGAAGGAAACUAAAGGAGCCCCUAACAGCAGCUGAGGAGUCCGGGAGCCCCAAGGAUGCCGAGGAUCACAGCCCCUCACCAGGCAACAGCAGCUGGGAGGAGACCUAG